AUAAAGAAACAAAAAGUAAAAGAUUAAAUUCAAUUAUUUUAAAAAAGUCAAAACUAUUCUAAUAUUUAAUACAAAGCUAAAAAUUUGCCUAAGAUGUCCACAGUUGAAAACAAAGUUGAAUAAUAGGUCGUUACUGAAUAACAACCCAAUACCACUGAAUAACCUGUCUAAUAAGCUCAAGAAGGUGCUGAAGGACAAUAACAAUAACAAUAAUAAUAACAAUAACCCAAGAAAUACAAGUACCUUAAAUGCAAUUACAAAUAUUGCAAGCACUACGAAGAUAUCAACUAAAUAGUUAAGUCUUUCAAGCAUCUCCAAUCUCUUCAAGUUGAAUUAAAGGUUGAUGAAAUUCCAAAUGCUCUUUGUUAUGUCAUCCGUUCCAACAAUGACGAUGAUGUCCACAAGGCUAUUAAGUAUGGUAUUUGGACUUCAGUUCCUGGAAACAAUGUUAAAUUGAAUGCUGCCUGGGAAAAGGCUUAAGAAUUAAACGUUGACGUCUAUCUCUUCUUCUCCGUCGUUAAGAGUGGUCAAUUUAUUGGUGUUGCAAAACUUAAAUCUUCCUUCCAAGAAGAAACUUUCUCUUACUGGUGGUAACCCCACAAAUUCAAAGGUCACUUCAAGAUCGAAUGGGUUUUCGUUAAGGAUGUUAAGCAAAAGGCUUUCGAAGGCUUAAAGAACAUCGUUAACGACGAUAUUUCCAGAAGCAAGGACUGCACUGAAUUGAACUUUGAAGCUACUGGUAAGAAGAUGCUUCAAAUCUUCAAGGAUACUAACUCCUCUACCUCUAUCUUCAAGGAUUUCGUUUACUUCGAUCAAUAAGAACAAUUCAUUAGAGCCAACUUCAAUUACUUAGGUCGUCAAAAUAAUAAGGGAAAUUAUUAAUAGAGAAAUAACAUCUAAAACUAAGCUUAAUUCCAAAACUUUUUCCCUUAAUUGAUGGCCCAAGGAGUCUUCCCCUAGUACACUCAAGAAUAACUCCAACAAAUUUCUCAAAUGUGCUUCACCAAUAUAUAUCCUCCCAACACCUAUCCUGCAUACAAUAACGCUUACAUCAUGGGUAACAACUUAGGCAGCGGUCACGGAAAGUACCACAAUAAUAACAACAAAAGAAACUUCAACAAUAAGAAAAACAACAACCACUAAAACAAGGAAAAGCCUUAACACCAUUAAAACAAUCACUAACACUAAGCUCAAUAAUAACCCCAAUAGGCUGAAUAAAAGAACUGA